CGUUUGAUGCAUGUGGGCCACCGUACUUACUUGUUUGUUUGAGUGAAAACAAAGAUGGCGGACGAACUGGACCGAGUGCGAAUCUCAGCUGCGGAGCUUAGAGCUGAAGCGUCGAAUUCAGUCAAUACCGUCGACUGUCAGAAAGAAGAACUAAAGGAACAUCCCAAACAGAAGCAGCAUAAGAGGCGCGAAGGAAAACGCCCCGAUCUGCAGCGCUACCAUCCGCUACCUGGACAGGGACGACAUCGCCAAGACAGCGAAGAGGGAGACACUGGUCAAAACGAUCCCCAAGCUCCAGAUUCACAUGAUCAAGACCAACCACCAUACAGAGAGAAAAAGUUCUCCUCUCAGAAUAUUUCAGUCAGGCAGGGCUGUACAGACGGCGGGGCAGGUACCAACGCAAGGGAAGAGGACAGAAUGAGAGGGGACGGGAGUAACACUCAGAACUCUGGUAAGAGCAGCCACUCGCAGACUAAAACGAAUGCACAUGGCGAAAAAGGCUCCGUUGAAAAUGACAGAGAACACCAGGAAUCUGCUGAAGCUGCAAAGCCAACAAAGAAAGCUCGGAAACCUGACAGGGAAUUUUAUCAACCUGGGAGCCGGAGGAGUACCCAGGGAAAGGACUGUGGUGUUGGAAGGGAACAGGAUAAGCCUCCCCCUACGAAGAACGAGCAAAAGCCGGCGCCAGAAUCCCAGCAGAGUACAGGUGUAAGAGAGGGAAACAAAAAGAAACCUGUACAGAAACAGGGAGUGAAGGAUAAAGAAGUUAAAGGUUUACAGGAAACAGCAAAAGUGUCCAGUUCCAGUGAUGCAAACAGGAAACAACAAGGAAGCCAAGAUGUGGAUACACCUCCAUUACCCAUUGAUAAUUUAGUGGAGAAAGCUAAAGAACUCAGCCUGAAAGAAAAGAGCAAAGUAGGUCCUGAUAAAGAAAGGAGGGGCAAAGAGGCAGGGCUGAAAAAUGAGGAAGAUAAUGCAGAAAAGAAGAGAGAAAGGGGAAACCGCAGGAGGAGGGGAGCGGAGAAGGAAAAAGAGAAGAAUCUGGAUUCCAGAAGAGAGGAUGAAGUAGAUGGAGGAAAGAGCAAUCAGAAAAAAACAGAAGAAAGAAGCAAGAGAGCUCCAGAAGCAGAUGGGGGGAAAGCAGAUAAGGCAGGAGAGACGCACCAAACUAAAAAAAGAGAAAAUCGCAGAGAAAACAGAAAAGGAGACAACAACAACAGCAGGGCCAGAGACCCUGAGAAAGAUGCAAAGACAGAAAGAAAUUUAGGCAGAGGUGACAAAGACAGGUCCAAUGCAAAUAUCACGACGCCAAACUCAAAACGCUAUUCCAAAUCAGACAUUCGGCGCACAAGGAAUCGAACUUACAGCAGUAGCUCCGCCAGCAGUGUUACCAGCCUGGAUGGUCCUGGACGAGCAAUGAACGUGGAGGCUACCAAGUGGCCACGGUCAGACCACAACAACAAAGUGGGAACGGUUACCGGUGGAGAAGGACGCAGAAGCCAUUUACAAAGCUGGACCACAAAUGAGGAAUCAUCCACAGAAGGGAGUGAGAUGAGUGACAGAACAGAAGAUAGGAGGAGGAGCAGAAGAGUUGGGGAGGAAGAGUUGAGUGCAGCGAGACGGAAGGAAGAAAGAAACAGACCAAAGGGAAACAAAGGUGGAAGUCGGGGAAUCCUGAGGGUUUCUCUAGAAAACCAGCCAGGUACUUCUUCACAGAGCGGGGAUGCCCAACAUCGCAAGCCAGGCCCUGUUUCUCGUGGCAGGGGUGGUGGUAUUCUGGUGCUUCCGGCCCGCACGGAAAUCUCCAAUUCACCUCAGGUGGGGCAAAGGCUCCUUUUUGGUGGAACUAGGGGAGGAGCAGCUAGCAGGAGCAGAGGAGGCCGUGGGGGAGGAGUGAGACGGCUCUGGGAUCCAAAUAACCCCGAUCAGAAGCCAGCCCUUACCAGCACUCAACCCUCACAGCACAUGUCUCAUCAGCAGCCUUUGUAUCUUCAGACGGGGACUGGAUAUGGACAACUUCACUUUCUUGACACAGAUGAUGAGGUAGCGGGCAGUCCUCCAGUCCACCAGGGUGAGCACUUGCGAUCCCAAAAGGCGACUGCCAUGGCCUACUACAAAUUCCAAAACUCUGACAACCCCUAUUGCUACCCCAUGUCAGCCACCAACUCACACAGUCCCGGCACCACAAGCAGCGGCCAGCGCUAUCCAUAUUCUUACCACAUGGGACCCUACCAAAUGGCUCCUCCAAACGGCAUGUACCCGAGCCCAGGUGCCGGUCAGUUCUGCGGGAGUUAUCGGGGAGCAGUUUAUUCCCAGUCAGGCGGAGGAGGGGCUCUGACAUAUGAGGAGGCAGAACAAGCCAGAGGGGAACUGGGGAGGCUGCUGAGGGCCGCAGACACACAGGAGCUUCAGAUCAGUAACUUGCUGUCCAGAGACAGAGUCAGUGCUGAAGGACUGGAACGCAUGGGCCAGCUCAGAGCGGAGCUUUUGGGGCUGUACGAGCAGGUCAUCCUGACAGACAUCGAGUUCUCAGACACUCAGAACGUGGAUCAGGCUCUGUGGAAGAACGUCUUCUACCAGGUCAUUGAGCACUUCCGCCAGCUGCUCAAAGAUCCGACCUAUGACAACACCCCUCAUAUCAGGAACAUGUUGCUCACGCUGCUGGACGAGGGAGCGCUGUUCUUCGACGCGCUGCUUCAGAAGCUGCAGACAGUGUACCAAUUCAAAUUAGAAGAUUACAUGGAUGGCAUGGCAAUCAGGGCUCGGCCAUUACGCAAGACGGUUAAGUAUGCACUUAUAAGUGCUCAGCGCUGCAUGAUUUGUCAGGGAGAUAUAGCGCGUUACCGAGAGCAAGCCAGUGACUCUGCCAACUAUGGCAAGGCUCGCAGUUGGUACCUGAAAGCUCAGCAGAUUGCCCCGAAAAACGGACGACCAUAUAACCAGCUGGCCUUGUUGGCCGUCUAUACAAAGCGGAAGUUAGAUGCUGUGUAUUAUUACAUGCGCAGCUUGGCAGCUUCCAACCCCAUUCUGACUGCGAAGGAAAGCCUGAUGAGUCUCUUUGAGGAGGCCAAGCGAAAGGCGGAGCAGCUUGAACGAAGGAGGAGGCAGGAACACGAAGGAGGCUCCAGGGGCCCGGCGGUAAGAGGAAGAGGAAGAGGGGAAGAGGGAGCGCGUGUGGAGAUCUGGAUUCGUCCCACCGGACAAGCAGCAACCCCGUCUUCACAGAGAGGAGGCAGCGAGUCCAGCAGAGACUCUGAACAGGACGGAGAGCUGGGAACUCUCAACGCCACUGAUCUAAAUAAGAGAUUCAUUCUGAGUUUCCUGCAUGCACACGGAAAGCUCUUCACUAAAGUGGGCAUGGAGUCGUUCCCUGCAGUGGCGAGCCGCGUCCUACAGGAGUUCAGGACGCUUCUCCAGCACAGCCCCCCCCUCCUGAGCAGCACACACAUGCUGCAGAUCAUCACCAUCAACAUGUUCACCAUACACAAUUCCCAUAGCAGAGGUGAAGAGGGAGAGGUGCGGUCUGUUUUACAGGAGCAGAGCACGGCACUGGGCCUUGGCAUGUUUGCACUGCUGGUGCAGCGCUGCACAGAGCUCCUCAAAGAGAUUCCUGCAGUCCCCAUGGCAGAUGGAGAGGAGGAGGGGAAAGAAGAUGAGCUGGAGGGUAUUGUGAGAGUCUCUGCCUUCCCAUUGGACCUCAGUGAACUACUGCCAAGCAUCAAAGUCUGGUCUGAUUGGAUGUUGGGACAGCCAGACCAGUGGAACCCGCCACCGUGCAGUAUAGAUUGCAGCCCUGAUGUUUGGCAGUGCCUUGCCGACCUGUGUAACGUGCUGGCCCGCGUGGAUCACGAGGAAGUGCUGCUCUACAAAGUUGAUACUGAUGAGGUGGAAGGAGACGAGGAGCUGACCGUGCUCCAGCUGAAGGAAGACCGGCUGCUUGCCGGCUUCGUACCACUUCUGGCUGCUCCGCAGGAGCCGUGCUACACGGACAGACACACAGACAUGGCAAUAGCAGCAAAUUGUAAAAGAGUGACGGUGCUGAAGUACUUUCUGGAGGCGUUGUGUGGACAGGAAGAGCCUCUGUUGGCCUUCAAGGGAGGCAAAUACAUCUCUGUGGCAACGUCUCCUCCACCUAACCAGUCAAUGGACACAAGGACCAGGCAGGAUUCUGUGACGGAGAAAGAGGCCGAUGACGUGAUAGUCGAGGCAGAAUCGUCUCUCUCUGCAUCAGAAGGAGAGGAGGAGGAUGUCGAAGAGGGAGACAGCGAGAGUGACAUCAGACAGCUGAAGGCGCGACGCCACGCCCUCGCCAACGAACUGGCGCAGCAACAGAAGCGCAGGGAUAAAAUACAGGCGGUGCUGCAGACAGGUGGGCAGCUGGAGCUGGAAGUGAGGCCUCUCUUUUUGGUUCCAGAUACCAAUGGAUUCAUUGAUCAUUUGGGAGGCCUGAAGAAACUUCUUCAGUGCGGAAAAUAUAUAAUAGUUGUGCCGCUCAUCGUGAUCACAGAGUUGGAUGGUUUGGCUAAAGGCCAGGACAGUUUUGGUGGAGGACUGGGAUCCGGGGGACGCUUCAGCGGCGGUCGUGGCAACUACAACGUCACUGCAGCCCACGUGCGAGCCGUGCAGGAGAAGGCUCGGUCGGCGGUGGCUUUCUUAGAGAGAGGAUUCGAAGCAAGGGAACCGUGUCUCAGAGCCCUGACCAGCAGAGGAAAUCAGCUCGAGUCUAUUGCCUUCCGCAGUGAAGACACCUCUGGACAACAGGGUAACAAUGACGACGUGAUUCUGUCCUGCUGUCUCCACUACUGCAAAGACAAGGCGAAAGAUUUCAUGCCUCAACAGAGAAAUGGGACAAUAAGGCUUCAGAGGGAGGUGGUGCUCCUCACGGACGACCGCAACCUGCGAGUCAAAGCUUUGACCCGCAACGUCCCCGUGCGAGACAUCCCCGCUUUCCUCAGCUGGGCCAAAGUGGGCUGAACCAGGCGAAGCUGGAAUCAAAGGAACGCAACUGCUGAAGCCUGCUUGUCACUCAGCCAGGAGAGGAGACACACUUAAGCGGAGAAGGAAGAAGAAGAAGAGGAGAUAACAGGGGAGAGGAAAUGACAAAGAACGCUAAGAACCACUUCCUAUGAAAUACAAGCGAGUGUAGGGAGAGCAGGGUGGUUUUAAUGAGCCUUUUCCCCUCUUGUGACGACGUGUGUGCGUGUAUGUAUGUGUUAAGAUCAGCGAGCUUCCCCAGAAAGAGACGGCGAGACUCGAUAAGUCUCAGGAAGGCUGGAGUAGAAGGGAGGAAGGAGGCAACAUGGAGGGAUUUGAUUUAUCCAGCGUCAAAACCUCCGCGCCUGUUUAGUGUGCGCUCUGCGAGCUGAAUUAAAAUUUGAAGCUGAUGAUAGGAUGAGAGAGGGAGCGCGUCUAUGAUCAUUUCAUUGAUUAAAGACGGCAGUAGUGACGGCCGUAGACGGCGCUUCCACACCUCUCUGAGGGCCCGGGCUUAGAGGCUGCUCUAAGAGGCAGCGCUCAGAGAGAGGAAGGUGGAAGGUGGAAGGUGGAGAGACGCACCGCUGGAUGGUCUGCACCGACGCAGAGAAGAGUGGCUAAUUGCAGCGAGGGUUCAUCAAGAGCUCUCCUGCGAACUUGGCACAUGAAAAGAAUCACACGCAGGUGUUUUAAUUCCUGCUAACCCAGGAAAUGCUGAUGCCUGUUCGGUGUCUAGGGCUGUUCCUCCAGCUUGUUUUUUUGGUGUUAUAAGAUGUCAGCAACCACAAAACAUUGUUUAUUAUUCAUUUUUCUUUUGCUUUUUUUUUUGUUGUUGUUGUUCCUUGGAGGCUGUUUCUCCAUGUUGUUGACUCCGAUAAUGAGCCUCUGCAAAGUCUUCCCACAAUAGCAUUUGUAAAUACUUCAGCUAAUUUCAUUUUUUUUUUUUUUUUUUUUCUUUUUGAGACGUUUAACCAAUGUUUUGUUGGUUUGUGUCGAGUUUGGAGUUCCAGAAAAUUUGGCUACAUUGAUAUUUUUUUUUUUUUUUAGUGAAAUCCCAUCUUCUGCCAUUUAAAACCCAAAUAUUUGCAAAAAAAAAUCUUCAACCCAGUAUUAUCUAGGCUCAGUAUAAGGACGUGGUCCACGGCUGUGACUUUGCAGGAGCUUUAUUAUCGAGGAAUACCGGUGAAUAUUUUUACUUUCUAUUCAUAGCUAGCAUCAGUAUUUUUUUGUUCCUUCUUAAUUUAUACCAUCAGCAGCUUACCUGCCUUCGGGGUGUAACAUUGUCUCUUCUUCAAGCUCAAAUAUCCACUUUUUUUUUGUUGUUGAAACUAAAAUACAUGUGGUGUAAUAAAAGUUGUAAAAUUUCCAUCAGAUCCACACGACAUCUCACUGACACGUUGUCCACAAAGGAAGUGUUUGUGCUUUGGGAAACUGUUCCAUGAGAUUCCCUCAGUGUGUAUUUCUGUGAGCAUUUCAUAAUCUACAUGCGUGUCCUCUGUUGUGCUGCAUCAUGCAGACUUUGUCAUAUUGAUUAAAAAAUAAUAACAAAAGUAGAGGUGGCUACCCAACCUUCUUUUCAUCCUGUACUUUUUCAGCUAGACUUGUACAACUUUAGCAGUUCAUCCCGUCAUGUUUGUACGAACCGUCCGACUCGUACGUUCGUUUUAUUUCAGUCCGUUUUGAUGUUGCUUGUCGUAUUCGGUGCAGUCUGUUGCGUCAAGUGGCAUUGUUGCAUUGUGUCGGAGCAAUUGCUUAACUCACUUUUUCAAUCUUUCAUCAUCCAUAAUUAAAACAGUUUCAAAACCA